GGAAGAGACCUCUCGGCCCUGCGGGUGGGGGCUCAGUUCUAGGACGGGAGCGCCCUUGGUGGCACCAGACCUCGGCUCUCGGGACCCCUCGGAGGACUAGGCGAUGCCGGAGCGCGCGGCUCCCCGAGCGUGGUCCGAGGAUCUAGCUGGGCGCUCCCCAGCUCAGGGGGCUGCUCCGGACUCCGCCAGCGCCCUCUCCUCUCCCUCAGAUCCCGCAGCCGCAGGGGAUGACGCGGAUGCCUCCACGGCCCCGGCUCCGGGCGGGGAGGGCGAGCCCCUCAGCCGGCACCGCGACGCCCUCCUGGGCAGCACCGAUAAGGAGCUGAAGGCAGGAGCCGCCGCCACGGGCAGCUCCCCGACAGCGCCGGGGCCGCCCUGGCAGCGGGAGCCGCGGGUCGAGGUUAUGAAUCCAGCGUGCGGCGCCUGGAGCCUGCCCCGGCCCUGCCGCGUGCUGGUCCUAUUAAACCCGCGCGGGGGCAAGGGCAAGGCGCUGCAGCUCUUCCGCAGCCACGUGCAGCCCCUGCUGGCUCGGGCCGAUGUCUCCUUCACGCUGAUGCUCACUGAACAUCGGAACCACGCCCGGGAGCUGGUGCGGGUUGAGGAGCUGGGGCGCUGGGACGCGCUGGUGGUCAUGUCUGGGGAUGGGCUGAUGCAUGAGGUGGUGAAUGGGCUCAUGGAGCGGCCGGACUGGGAGACCGCCAUCCACAAGCCCCUGUGUAGCCUCCCUGCUGGCUCCGGCAAUGCCCUGGCGGCUUCUCUGAACCAUUAUGCCGGCUAUGAACAGGUGACAAAUGAGGACCUCUUGACCAACUGCACGCUGCUGCUGUGCCGCCGGCUGCUGGCGCCCAUGAACCUGCUGUCGCUGCAGACGGCCUCGGGGCUUCGGCUCUUCUCUGUGCUGAGCCUGGCGUGGGGCUUCAUCGCCGACGUGGAUCUGGAGAGCGAGAGGUUUCGGCGUCUAGGGGAGAUGCGCUUCACCCUGGGCACCUUCCUGCGCCUGGCGGCCCUGCGUGUCUACAAGGGCACGCUAGCCUACCUCCCCGCGGAACAGGUGGUCUCCCAGGGGCCCGCCCCCGCUGCUGUGGAGCGGCAGAACCAGCAGGGUCCCACGGAUGCCCACCUCGUACCCCUGCAGGAGCCAGUGCCCCCGCACUGGACUGUGGUCCCGGAGCAGGACUUCGUACUGGUGCUGGCGCUGCUGCACACCCACCUGAGCAGUGAGAUGUUCGCAGCACCCAUGGGCCGGUGUCCGGCAGGCACCAUGCACCUGUUCUAUGUGCGGGCGGGUGUGUCUCGGGCCAUGCUGCUGCGCCUCUUCCUGGCCAUGGAGAAGGGGAGGCACAUGGACUACGACUGUCCCUACUUGGUGUACGUGCCUGUGGUUGCCUUCCGCCUGGAGCCCAAGGACGGGAAGGGUGUGUUUGCCGUGGAUGGCGAGUUGAUGGUCAGCGAGGCGGUGCAGGGCCAGGUGCACCCAGACUACAUCUGGAUGGUCAGUGGCUGCGUGAAGCCCCCACCCAGCCAGAAGCCACAGCAGAGAGCCCUUCAAAGAGAGCACUUAUGACUGUGGGCCUCGCCGUGCCUUAGCCUCCUGAUCAACUCGGAGCUCAGAGCGCUGCACCUUCUCCCAGGCCUGGAGGGCCUGUCCACAGCUCGUGUGGUCGGAAGGAGGACCCCUGAAGACGGUGGGAAGGUGGAGGCUGUGCUUUGGAAGGAAAGGCUCUGCCUACCAAGGGCCAGAAUGAGGCUCUGGGCCAGAAGCCUGGCUGGCUGGCCCUCCCUGCCUGUGGAGGCCACUCCCAUUUUGUUUCUGGGAGCCCAACCCCAUGAAUCAGAUCCAAAUAAAGUGACAUUCCCAGCG